AUGGCGUCAGUGGUAUCCAAGAACCGACUUGCGUGCACGUCGUGCCGCCGCGUGAAGGUCCGAUGUAAUCGCGCCUCUCCUGCCUGUCAAAGGUGUCUUGCUCAGCAACUGGAAUGUUCCUAUCCCAACCGGCGGCCCAGAAACUCUCAGAGUAAAAUCAGGUCCUCCACCUUGUAUGCCUCUCGUCCCCUUCCUGCCAGACGAGAUGAAAACAGUGCUCUGUCUGCUAUUCUCGAGAGACUGGAACAUGUGGAAAACCAAACCACGGCCAAGAGCUUCUCUCCAACCUCCACAACAACGCCGAGACCUCCGGCACAGGUCACCGCACUUGACAAUGCAACAAAUCAUGACUUUUCUCGCCUCCAUACACACCCGUCAUUCAGGCCUUCGAGACCACAUGGAUCGCCGGCGUCGAGAGGCAGCGUGGAUCUCGAUUUGACCGCUCCACUCUCGUCCUUGUCGGCACUAGAGAACCGAAGCGAUGCAACGUCAAUAGAUAUCACGUCCAUCUUGAGCUCUGCUGUCGACCACGUACAACAACUUAAAAAGAAACACAACUUUGGCGCAAGCACACUCACUUUGGAGUCGGUUACUAUCCCACCUGACUCUGCCAAACAAUGGAUCCAUAGUAAGUCAUCAAAUCCUUCUCUCGGAAGUUCCCAUGCUGAUCUACUCCCUGCAAUGGUAGAUCGGAAGCUCAUUGACAUGAUGCCUGAUCUCAUUGGCAUGGACCACGUCCAUUUUGAUGCUUCGAUGCUUGUCAUCUACUACUGUAUCCUUUGGCAAGGACUUUUCUUCCGUAAGCCAACGUCAUGCACCACUAUCGACCGGCACUACGCCAGGCAAGUGUUUAUUUGCUGUAAACGAACUAUUCCAAUCUGGCAGCAAGAGGCGACUUGUACUGUCACAGAUUUCAUUGCCGCGAUGUACAUGACCCAGACAGCCACAGAGAACUUCGACUUUACCUUGAGUUGGGAGAUGCACAGAUUGGCUUGCGAAUACGCCCAGACAUUACAGAUGCAUAGCCUUGAUGGCCUCGAGCAUUCCGAACAUCGACUCUCGAUGAGUGACGGUGAUCGCAGGGGCAUGUGGGGUCUCAUUCAUCUGGAUCUGUUCUUCCGUCUGAUCAACGACAAACCGGCGGUGUUCUCAUCUCAACUCCAUGACUGGCGAGUAGACCUGCCGCGCCUCACCGUCGAACUGUCACACGAGCGGAAUGAGGCCGUCCCGACUAUGGCUUUUAUCAUCAGAAGCCGUCUUACAUUCAUUCUCAUCAGCUAUUUUCAAGUUUCAGAAACCUUGAAAGGCCAGUCAGAUGUACUGGCCGCCGUCAAUCCCCUAUGCGACGAUGUGGAGAAGAUUUUUGACGAGUGGAAAAUCGAGAACUGGCUGGAAAGUUAUAAAGAAGGCGAUGUCAAUGGCUGGGUACUGGGUGACCUAGCACUCUCGGGUUACACCUGCAUACUCUUCAUGCUACGCAAAGCAUCGUUGCCCCAAGGUAACGCUCAUCGGACACUGUUAUCAGACAAUGAUGACAUGAUCCCCAGGAGUGAUCUUUCAGUGAGAACAUCUCGAAGAAUUCUCAAGGUCAUUCACCACAUGAUCCACAUUCUAAAGCUACCUGGGCCCGAAGCCAUGUCCCUCAUUCUCGGUAAUUACCGAGCGUAUAUCGCUCACGCUCAUGUAGCCAGCGCUCUGAUUCAUGAUCCUAUGGCUUCGAAAGCCGAAGAAGACCUACGUCUUCUACAGAAUGUCGCUGAAUGUACGGAAGGCUUAGCCAGAGAAGUAAAUGAGUUCUUCCCUUUGACACGUGCCUUCAAGCUAGCCAACAACGAGGUUGAGAAGCGAUUGCAGAGAGGGUCUGACGUACACUGA